AUGAAUCAACCGAUCAAAGGCUAUGAAAAUUAUCAACAACAACAACAAAAUUAUAAUCACGAAGAUAUUGAAAUUCUAGAGAAUUUAAAUCCUCACCUAUUAAUCAAUCAUCAAUAUAAUGGAUUUGGAGUCUCUGGAAAUACUUCGAAUAGUUUUGUGUUGAGAGCCUUUGUUACAGCAUUGUCUGUGUGUUGUUUCCUUUUGGCUGUUAUUCUGAUGGUCUUGUUGAAACUGAAUGAAGAAGAUGGACAAUUGUUGUGGUCAACAUCUGAUGAAGAACAACAAUUAAAACAAGAACAAGCAGCAGCAACAUCAACAAUGGAUAACAAUGUGUUUAUUCCGAGUAGAUCUGUCAAGCAUGCUGUCAUGUUACUGAUGUUAAUUGGAGUGGCAAUGAUUUUACACGUGUGGACUUCAUUCUCAUCAAGUUUGUUUUAUUAUGCUUUGGUUGGAUUCAUUUUGGUGGGAUUGUUCUUGUUUGGAAGAAUUGUUUAUCGAUUUGUGGUUUUUAUGAAGAAACAGGAAGAGGAAAAUAAGAAACGAUUGGCAAGAGUGAAGAGAUUCUUUGUUUAA